AUGACAGAUGAAAAACCUAUAGGUGAACAAAUUCAUGAAUUUCAAGAACUUUUGAGGGGUGCUGAAAAAAGUGGGACAAUUUUUAGUGAAGAUUUCAAAGUGUCAUGUCUUAUUGACAAACUACCUCCAUCUUGGACAAAAUUUGCCCAGUCUCUUAGGCACAAACAAGGAGAGCUUACCUUGACUCAAACUUUAAACUCUCUUAGGGUGGAAGAGAAACAUAGAGCUAGUUUGCCCAAACCAUUAGAGAAGCCACCUAAGGUAAACCUUAUUGAAAAUAAAAAUAGUAGCAACAAUAACAACAGCAACAAUAAGAAUUUCAACAAGAACUUCAACAAUAGGCCUCGAAAUUUCAAUAAUAGAAAUAAUUUUAAACCUAGGGGCACAACCUUCAAAACCAAUCGGUUCAAUCCAAAUAGAAACCAAGCUCCAAUUCAUCAAAGCAAUGACAAACUCAAGGGCAUCAUUAAAGGUAGCAAGCAUUGCUUUGUUUAUGGAAGAAUGAAUCAUGUUGCAAAAGAUUGCUAUUUCAAAAAGAUCAAACCAGUGCAAUAUCAAAGGAAUUUGAGGGAUCAAGUGAAUAUGCCACCUACUAGAGUUGGAAAUAAAUACUUUGUAACGUUUAUUGAUGAUUCUUCAAGUGAGAUUACCAACAAUACCAUAUUAGAAUCUAGGGACGCCACAUUCUUCAAACAUGUCUUUCCUUUCAAAAUGAGAAUUUCAAGUCAAGUUAAUGACGUUCCAUCAACUAGUGAUAAUCCUGUUUCUAGUACGAGUAUGGUUCAAGGAAAAGAGGUAGAACCUCAAGGACUUAGAAGGAGUAAGGGAACUAGUAUAGAAAAGAAUCUAGGAAAAGGAUUCUAUAAAUUCCUAAUAGAGGGUGAACCCACAACCUAUAAUGAAGCAAUGACGUCAAUAGAUGCACCGUUCUGGAAGGAGGCUAUUAAUAGUGAAAUAGAAUCGAUUUUACAAAACAAUACUUGGGGAGUAGUCAAUUUGCCUCUUGGAAAUAAAGCAAUUGGAUGUAAAUGGAUAUUUUAA